CCCUCUUAGGUUGCGCAGAACUCGUCGCUUUCCUUUUCCGAACCACGUUGCGAGAAGCUCUGUCGACCACCUGUCUGUUACCAUGUCUGACGAGGAUUUUGUAGGGGCUGGAGAUUCUGGUGCUUCAGCUACAUAUCCCCAGCAGUGCUCGGCUCUGCGUAAAAAUGGUCAUGUUGUCAUUAAAGGCCGUCCCUGCAAAAUAGUGGAGAUGUCGACUUCAAAGACUGGAAAGCAUGGCCAUGCCAAGGUCCAUCUGGUAGGCAUAGAUAUUUUUACUGGGAAGAAGUAUGAAGAUAUCUGUCCUUCAACCCACAAUAUGGAUGUCCCACAUGUUUCUCGUAACGAUUAUCAGCUAACAAACAUAGAUGAAGGGUACCUGUCUUUAAUGAAUGAUGACAAUGAGACACGUGAUGACUUAAAGUUACCAGAGGGGGACUUGGGAAAAGAAAUACAAGUCAAAUUUGACAAUGAUGAGCAGCUGAUGUUAACAGUUCUCAAGGCAAUGGGAGAGGAGGCUGUAGUUGGUACUAAACCAUUGACCAAAUAGAUGGAUAUGCAGCUGUUUGCAAUCAAUGUUUUGGACAGUAAAAACAGACCACUCUGAUAAGGCACUAGAAAAAAACUAAUAUUAUUGCUCUUCUUCUUUUCUUGAUCCUGCAAACUCUUGAACUGAUACACAAUAAGUUUAGUUACCAAGUUCCUGUCAAUAAAAUUAAGCUUAUUGUGAAUUAUAAGCUUUAGGUAGUUUCUGAGCAGUUCUUGCAUUGUUUAGGAUGAAAGUGUUUGUUCAAAAUGGAAGCAAUUCUAGCAGUCAAUAAUUAUAUCAUGUAAUUAAAGACCCGAGUUUUGUCUGUCUGGUAUCUUCUUAUUACUGUUAAAAUUGCAGGACUAUUCUUUCCAAGAAGCGAGAAUAACCUGAAUAGUCUAACACCAGGUUUAAUUUUUCCAUUGAAAACUUCAAAGUUAAACUAAAUGGUGUAAUGUUUUCAGUUCUAAUGAGAUAACAAUUUCUUCUAUUAAAAGAAUAUGUCAUGGUUUGUAUUUCAAUGAAACAUUAAUUUGCUUUGCCAAUGUUUCCCUUGCUUCUACUUAAGUUCUAAAUCAGACCUAAAUUUUAUGAAUGCAUUUUGAAAACAUUCUUCUCUGGUGUAAACUCUGAGCUAUGUUGAUGUUUAACACUUUCCAGUUGAAAGUUUGGAAUGAAUGAGCUUUAGGCACUGGUUUUAUGCUUGAACAAUUAGCACACUGGUGCUUGGUUUCUGUGGAUUGUGAGCCAACAGAAGCUUGUGCUAGUAGUCUCAUUUAUCAAGUAGCUAUGUUGCACUUAGUUUUUGUUGGCCAAUGUAGGUGGCUGAUUAAUUCUACCAGAAAGGAAAAGUAUAACAAAUAAUUACAACUGGGGAUACUGAUGUGAGUUAUCAGCGUGUGUGUUGUACAGUACAAAAACUUAACUCUUUCAGUCUGGACCACUUGCUAUCAUCAUUAAUUAAGUUCUUUGAUCAGUGCUAUGUGUAAAUCCAUAAGGCCUAAGAACACGAGGUCAAUUUUGUCUUCAGAGCAGCCUGUCAAAAUUGUGCUAUUUUGCCUUGAUCAAAUUUUCUAUUAGAAAUUGAAAUAUGGAUUGUGUAGAAUUAUUCGGUGUUCUGUGCUGAAAGAGUUAAAUGCCAAGAUUGGAAGGGAGUUAGUCAAAAGUUUUGUCAACGUCUUUGUUAGGUUGCUUAUAUUUGGUCAAGUAGUUUAGACCUUGCUGUGGGUCGGAAAUAUUUUGACAUUGUGUCCCCGAAAAGUAUAUGAAAUGUUCACUUAUUUAGCAAGUACUUAUUUCGCGAAUUUUGCAAUUAAAAUGCCUUAAAACCUG